UCGAAUAGCAGGAACUAUUAAACCGCACAGCUGAAUUAUUGUCUUGGUAUAAGGCAAUAGCACGUGUUUUAAUAGCUACUCAUAAUCUCCUGUCGGCGGUAACUAACAAUUGCUUAAUUACUUAGGUUGCAUCCCGCCAAGUUUCCAGCACGCGGCCAUCGUCUGAGAGGCCGUCGUUAUCUCCGCGCUCCCCAGGUUCUCUCAACUAUAACAAACCACUUCCGUCUCCGCCUCCUCCGGGCACAAUAGACAAAGUCGAUGGCAGACCUCCCAAACCAGUGCUGAAGCUCAAACGCAUAAUGGCUUCAUUAACUGAAAUCGAAAUAGAGAAACUCUUCUCCGGGGCUCCGCAAUUCUUCGCUCGGUCUCAGGGUCACGGCUCCGGAGCCCCGCAUCCAUCCGUGGCUUUCCCCUGGAAUGACGAGUUGGGCAUCAGAGACCUCGCUGACCAUGUUCAAAUCAGCGACGAUGCCUGGGGUUGCAUUACUGCAGGGCCGCGUAUUAUUCAUCGCGACCCCGCGUCUGUGACAUCGCCAUCUGCUAGGAAACGUCCUCACUUUAAUGCAAGGUGUCAGGAACGGCCGAGCAUGCUUAGCAUGCAAGGUCUAGAGAAGGGCACGAUCGGUUACCAAGCUGCCUUGGAGAUUUCUGUCGCUGACGCCUUGCAGGAGGAGCAAUAUGGCUUCGACAGCCUGGGUUCUAAGGGUCGCGUGAUCGUAGAACAGCGCCAGAAACUCAUAACGUCAAAGGACGGCUUGCGCCAUUUGGACGAUACGACCAUCAUGGAACAGCUGAUGAAAAAUGAGGAGAGGUACCAGGCGGAGAGAAGUGGGGUUCGGAUGAAAUCACAGGAGUUUUACAGCGAGUUAUUCAGUAAAAUUCUCUAUCCGCCAACGAGAGUCUUGGACCCCAAGGACCCUUACAGUCAUGCUGUACAGAUCUCUGCCUUGGUGAAAGUGUUGGGUGCACCAAACGCCUGGAUCGAUUUCUCCCGUGUCGAAUGGAGAGUUCGCCUCGGUCAAAUUUUGUGGGCCUUCCCCAUGGACGACGAGAUUUUUGACGGAAUUUCGAUAAAUGAGGGGAAGGAUGCUCAGGAUCGAAGCGAGGAGCGAUAUUGGCUAUUACUCCAAAUUCUUCUCGCUUGCGAACUUCUAAUCCGGUUAGAUGCUAUCACCGAUGGUGACGAGUUUGGAUUAGGUGAGAAUCUCAAGGCAUCUGAGGUCCAUAGGUUCGAAAAGGAGGCAAACAUCUCCGUCAAAUGGUCAUUAGUCCUUGCUCGAGCAUGGCUCGAAAACAUAAACGUCACAAAAACAAACAUGGCUCACUCUGAGCCAUCUACGCCCAAAGGCUGGCUAUCGUCAUUGACGAGCAAGAUGAAUCACAAGCAUGAACACAUGUAUGGUGCGCAUCAUGUUGAUCAUAGCCAAUAUCGCCACAACGCUCAAUCUGACUAUGCUUACGCAAUUCAGGGCAGAUACACCGAGAGACAAGUUUAUGGACUAAUACAUUUCGCACGCAAGCUGCGCUGGCCAGAGAUACAGUUCUCCGGACCGAAAGUUGCUGAGAAGGCUAUCGCGUUAGGUAAAGGAACAUCUAUCACGGCACCUCCUGUUUCGUUUGAUUCGCGGCGCUCUUCAUAUUUCUCUAGUGCCAAAUCAUCUAUUCCUAACAGGAGGCAGCCAUCCAGGAGACGGAAGAUCGAGGCAGCUUUGCACGCAUCUGGCUGGUUUUCAAAGUCAUAUGUAUCCGGUCUAAUGUUACCUGGAGAUAUGUUGUCUCAUUAUCUUAUGUCGGCUUUACUCGAAGUUGAUGAAAACGCUUUGCCGAGGCUUGGCCCGAGGGCUAGUCUAUGUGGUGGAUUUGUCUAUAGCGGGAAGAGUUUCUGGAGCACGUCUUGCGUUGUGGGUCGCGUCUUGGCCGCCGGGCAAGGCGCUGCAGAGUGCAUGGGUUGGAUAUCGAGUGAUGUGAUUCCACAUGGGCUUGAUGAGGGUUGGGUUAAUGUUACCGUUGAUACUAUACCAGCCGAUAUUGCUCGAACUGGGAGGAAAGCUCGAAUCUACGGGAAAGCUACGAUAGAACGAGAGUCUGAUGUUCUAGGCGAUGCUGAGCCUUCCAAUGUGCUGCCAGCAGAUUUCAUUAUUCCAUAUGAAAACGCAUAUGCGAAGCCGCCACCUUCAAACAUCAGAAUAGAGCUUAAAUCGUUGAAUUUAUACGCCUCGAUAGAUAGCGUAAGCACGACGCCCACAACAGAUAAGGGCUUCCAUCCAUUUUCCGAACCCAGCAAGGAGAAGGAGCCAGAAAUCCGUACAUAUCCUGCUUCUACGACGUUUACGAUCUCUCACGAUUCACUUGACCAAGACGAAUACCAUAAUUUUGCGCUUACUAAUGAUGUUAAUUUUGUCACGGCGCAUCCUUGUGUCGCUUCUAGUUAUGUUAAAUAUUUUAAAUCGCCCACUAGCCCUACCAUUCAGCAAAUCGACGUCGGCGGCCACGAUAGUAAUGGGAAGUCCUCCAGCCCUGCACAUAUCACAGGUCACCCACUUCAUAGAUAUUACAAUUAUACCGCGAUCCACCUCGUGGAUCUCAUUAACCAAACCUCCAGCAGCCUAGACGAUUUACUGAGCAAGCCCGCACUGCACACCCAUACACGGAGCCCAUCUCAGUCCUCCAUCUCAAACAGGGUUCCCCGCUUCCUCGUCAUCGACUGCGUCACGGGCUUCGCUCCACCGCAGUCCCCCGACAUGCCCUCCCUGUCGCGCAUGUCCUCGCUCUCGUCCUCGUUCGGCAUGGAACCUACCGCGGUCCCGCCGAUCCGCAUGCCCGGCUCCCUGGAUCUCGAAAGAAGGCCCAGCACCGCCGCGUCAUCCCGCAGCAGGGUCGAGCGUAUCGACCCCCCGAGCCCGUCCCCCUCCUCGCGAAUGAAGCUCGGAACUCGUAGGAGGCAGUUCGGCUCCGACCUCGAGAUCCUCGUCCGUGCCCUCUGCGCUGAGAGGGGCUGGAACGCGGUUAUCAGUCGUCGCAGGAGAGGAUGUCUGGCUUGUGCGAUCCGCGAGGCGGGGGCUUUGGGGUGGAAGGUUGUUGUUAGGGUUGCGUGAAUACGAAUGGGCAAGUACUUCAAGGUUGCUUUCGUAUUGAAAUAAAAAAAGGAGUGGUGAAGUGGGCGGGUUUAAAAUUGCUGCAUCAUGGGAAAAAAUCACGAAAAGCUACCUACCUAUUAGGUAUUUGAGAAAACAGGACACGGAUUAUGAGAACGAUUGGACGGAUAUGUAUGACGAUUGGCGCGUGUAUAUACUGCUGCUUUUGUAGUGGCGUCUUGUGAGAUACCCAGCUCCUUAAGCUAUUAAUUGAGAGGGGCUUUUCCCUUGAUGGUUCUUUUUUUGAGGGGGGUGGUUGUGAGGUGCGGCGUUUUACUGAAUUGGAUGGGUUCUGGCGUUGUUCUAGGCGGAGGUUGUGGGCUUGGGUUAGUUGAUUACAGUGCUGAAAUUAGGCGUGUUAGGGGGUCGAGAGGGUCGCUAUACUAUGCCUACCUAAAUUACAGCCUCAAGUCAAUCUCACGACAUAAAAGUUGUUCAA